CUCCGUGCGGUUUUUAACACCCAGCUCUGCUACAAGCCGGGUUCGUCUCUCAGGGAGGUUUCACUCGCCGUCGCCAGGAGGAGUCGGCUCGCGUUCGGUCGGCACAAACAGCAACACGGCGGUUAUGGCUGCGGUUCGGACCCCGAGUGGAGACGUCUCGUUAGGCUGCCGUAGCCGUUAGCUCGCUGCUUUGGGUCCGCUGAGUUGUAGCUACAACAGGCUUUUUGUUCUGCUCCCGGACAGCCUCUGCAUGACAAACCGUCCCCACUGUUCAGAGCGGACAGGGCGGUAGUACAGCGGCUGCUUUAUUGGGAAACGUGUCAGGGAGACCACCACCCUCCUCAUCACCACCACCACCACACUCCCAGGUUGUGAACCCCUGUCGCGGGGCUAACACCCCCGGUCAUCGAGCGAAUUCAUGGCCGGAAAUCCGAGGAGGGGCGCCGGACUCAUCGGGCUGAUGAAGGACGCCUUUCAGCCCCACCAGCAGCCUCUGCAGCCUCACCAGCCCGCUGUGGUCGAUAAGAAAAUGGUGGAGAAAUGCUGGAAGCUCAUGGAUAAGGUGGUGCGUUUGUGCCAGAACCCCAAGGUGGCGCUGAAGAACAGCCCACCCUACAUCCUGGACCUGCUGCCGGACACCUACCAGCACCUGCGCACCAUCCUGUCCAGGUACGAGGGCAAGAUGGAGAUCCUCGGGGAGAACGAGUAUUUCCGGGUGGUCAUCGAUAACCUCACAAACAAGACGAAGCAGACCAUGAGCCUGUUCAAGGAGGCCAAGGAGCGGAUGUACGAGGAGAACUCCCAGGCCAGGAGGAACCUGACCAAGCUGUCUCUGAUCUUCAGUCACAUGCUGGCUGAGCUGAAGGCCAUCUUUCCCAACGGCCUAUUUCAAGGGGACAACUUCCGGAUUACCAAAGCUGACGCCGCUGAAUUUUGGAGAAGGUCAUUCGGAGACAAAACCAUCGUACCCUGGAGGAUGUUCCGCCAGGCUCUGCAUGAAUUUCACCCCAUCAGUUCUGGUUUGGAAGCCAUGGCGCUGAAGUCCACCAUCGACCUCACCUGCAACGACUACAUCUCUGUUUUUGAGUUCGACAUCUUCACCCGACUCUUUCAGCCGUGGUCGUCUCUUCUGAGAAACUGGAACAGCCUCGCAGUCACACAUCCCGGCUACAUGGCCUUCCUGACGUACGACGAAGUCAAGGCUCGACUGCAGAGAUUCAUCCACAAACCUGGCAGCUACAUCUUCCGGCUGAGCUGCACUCGGCUGGGACAGUGGGCGAUUGGCUACGUUACAGCCGACGGGAACAUCCUGCAGACCAUUCCCCACAAUAAACCGCUUUUCCAAGCCCUCAUCGAUGGAUACAGAGAGGGAUUCUAUCUUUUCCCAGACGGCCGUGCGCAGAACCCAGACCUGACGGGGCUGUGUGAGCCUUCUCCUCAGGACCACAUCAAAGUUACUCAGGAGCAGUACGAGCUGUACUGUGAGAUGGGCUCCACCUUCCAGCUCUGCAAGAUUUGCGCCGAAAACGACAAAGAUGUGAAGAUUGAGCCCUGCAGACACCUGAUGUGCACUUCCUGUUUGACCGCCUGGCAGGAGUCAGAGGGUCAAGGCUGCCCAUUCUGCCGCUGCGAGAUCAAAGGCACGGAGCCCAUCGUGGUGGACCCCUUCCACCCCAAGGCCAGCGGGGCUUCCUUCGCCGGCUUCCAGAGCUCCAGCCGAGCCGAAGCAGCAGCAAACGAUGAGGAAGAGGACGACCGUCUGGAGGACCAGCAUCUGGUCAUGAGCAGGCUGGCCUGCAGUAGUAAGGUGGAACGUCCGGCGUCUCCGGUGUCUCAGCUGCCUCCGGUGCCUCCACGGCUGGACUUGCUGCAGCAGAGGUCUGCGCUGAGUCAGGGCGCCACAGCCAAGGUUGCGGUCACUCACAGAGACAAGCCUCUACCUCCCCCCCCUGCUGUGAGGGAGCUUCCCCCUCCGCCCCCUCCAGAGCGACCCUCGGUCCCCGUCCAGGACCCCAGGCUGCAGAGGAGACCGCUCCCCUCCACCCCUGACCAGCCCGCCUGGGCGGCCAACUACAUGGUUCCUCGGCCCGCCACCAAGGCCUCCCUGCCCCAGAGCAGCGGCACCAACGGGGAGGGCACCAGGCCCCAGGCAGCCACCAACGCCAUCUACUGCCUGACCGCCAGGUCUCUGCCUUCAUCGACGGCCUCAGCUGGAGAAAAGCCAUCGUCAGACGGUGAGGAGAACGAGUACAUGAGUCCCACCUCCUUGCCGGUCUCUGGCGCCCCCUGGGUCAUCGCGGGCUCCUUGGUGCCCCCCCCUCCUGCCCAGACAAACAACCACAACGACGUCAGUGAGGGGGGCGACGACGACUCUGAUGACCCUCAAGUGUACGAAUCCAUGUUCAACAUCCAGAGUCAGGCCGGCUCCUCUGACACAACGCAGGCCUCUGAUCUGGAACCCGACCAGCUUCAAGCUGUGGCCUCCCAGGACAAAAAGGAAGACAGCGAAGUGGAGGACAUCUACGAGUUCGACCGACCCCGCCCUGUGGCACCCCCCGCCCUCACCCGACGGAUCCUGUCUGAAAUCAGCUGUCCCUCCGCAGCCUUCAGCUCACUCAGCAUGGAUGCUUCAGUAGAAGCCGAAGCGUUUGCCGAGUCGGACCGGCCGCCCCGGCCCCUCCCACGCAGAGCCAACUCCGACCGCUGCCCUCGACCUUUCAACCGCGACCUUUCCGCUCCGCUGCCCGAACUCCCCGGCCCAUCGUCAGCCUCGCCGCCUCCUCCUCUCCCUCCCCCUCUGCCGCCUGCCGCUGCUGCCACCGUCACCGCUGGCAACCAGGCCCUGAACGGUGAGAUCGAAUGUCUGAUAUCCCAAGGCUACUCCAUGCAGGACAUCCAGAAAGCGCUGAUGAUCGCCCAGAACAACCUGGAGACGGCCAAAAACAUCCUGCGUGAGUUCGUCUCCGUCCCCUCCACGACCCACAUCGCCACAUAGUCACUCAGGUCCUGCCUCCUGUCUCCGCUUUGCGCCAUUAUUGUGGAUAGCAUUUACCGAGCACUUUUCCACGGGAAAACACCAGAUCUGAGGAAAAACAUCCAAAGUUAAUUGUAAUCAACUGCGUCAGGUAUUAUUUGCUUUUCUAAAAGGAUUUUAGGUGUGAAAACAGGAUUGUGUUUUUUUGGGGGUUUUUUUUGUGACGGAUCCUGAAGCCUCAACAGUUACUCUACGCCGCCCCCAGCUGGAAAUGGAAGGAACUGGAUUCCCCAUCAGCUGAUUGGUUCAUCUCUUUCCGCUUAAAUGAUCUGAAAUGUGCAAAAGGAGCUUUGUGAAGCCAAACUUUCAUCAUGUUCAGUUUCGCUGCUUCUCCGCAAACUGUGCUGUGCAAAUCUGUAACUAAUCAGAAAUUAGUGAGUAGAAGUCUGUGGCGUGCUAAUGCUGCAGGGUUGUGGUUCCAUUUCCCAUCACCUUCUGGGUCAGCAAGUACUUUCAUCUUUAAGUACUCUCCUCACAUGUCGUACUGUGUGUAGAACUAACAAUAGCGGAAAUUAAUUCCAUUUUAAUUAUGUUUUUCUAACAUUUUCCAGUUUAUUUUGUGGAAAAUUGGGCAACAGCGUCUCUACAUUCAGGUUUGACUCAUUGCCAACGGUGGAGGCAGGGAAGUCUAGGAAAAGUGAAUCCCCGAUUAUCAAGUUGUUUGGAGUGGCAACUAGUAGAAGAGUCGACGAGCAGCACCGCUGUGUCGAUGUCUGCGUUCACAAAGCAGGAAAAUAUGACUCAAAUCCAACUUUAUUUUAUUUAUUUAUUUUUUACAAUAUCCGACUUUCUCGUGGAAGUCUGAACGGCACAAUUCUUUUCACCCCAAGAUAAAUCAGAUUUGUUCCACAUAUAUGUGGGACUAAAUUAUAUCCAAUAUUUUUCAAAGCGUCAGCAGUAGGAACAGUCAUCUUAUUCAACUUUAACACCAUAAUUCUGCACCAGAAGACGGCAGAUGCUGUAAAUCUGGACGUAAACAACGGCUGAAAAUUAUAAUUAUGAAAUUAUGAACGCCGUCCGUGUCAACGAAGCGCAUCACAUCACAGCCACCCACUUUUAGUUCCAACCUCACAUCCAGAGCUGUGUUCUUGUUAUGUUCUCGUGACGAUGCGGCCGACUCUGAAGAACUUUCAAAUCGAUCGAUAGACGGCGGCCAUUAUUACUGCUGCAAACAGAGCGCAGCUGUGUGACAUAAGUAAGUAAAACCAAGAUAAAAAUCGCAAAGUGCUUCAACAAACAAGAUAAGUGCACAAAACAAAAUUAAGCAAGAGCAGAUUUAGAUCAGUAUGUGUGCGCGCGUGGCUCGCUGUUCACACAGAAAACUUAUUGCGGCCGCAUUUAAUUAGUAGCAUGAACGACCGCGCAGAAAAAAUAAAUCGGAUUUCAGUAAAAAAAUAAAAAUGAAAAAUCAGAAUUCAGCCUCAAGACCUGCUGCGUGAAAAUCUCCCUGAUUUGUCGUCCAGAUCCUGCAGGUCUUUUUAAAGUAAAUAAAGAGGCAGAGCUGGCCUUUACAUCCUGCAGGUCUGCUUCAAAUGGUUUCCGUUCCAGCUGCUUUAUGUCAAACACUUCCUAGAAUAAUAAUACAGGUCCGCUCCUACCUAAACGUCCUGUCCCCGACUGAUCUACCUCACCGGGCUCCGAGUCCCCGAGCAGAUUCUGGACAGAUUAGAAACCUGGAUGCGUUCCUGACUGAUGUUCGAACAUUCGUCCAUUUCCACUUCGCAGGCAACAGAUCACAACCUUCCAUUCACAUCACCCAGUUCCCAAGAAACUGGCUCCCACAUGUGAGCGACCCACAAAUGUCCACAGAGAAGCUCCCACUCUCUCUACAGAGUGAAAAUGGAGAGACGGAGCUAACAGUAGUUCUCCAUGACGUCAAGGAUUCCCCAGUCAGUCAUUUAAAAGGAAGGACGAUCCCAUAUCUAGUCCAAUACUCUAUUAAAGUUAAAUUUGUGCCAUGGAUCUGUCUUGAAACCCUGUGAAGGUUAGUAAAAAAAAAAAAAAGCACUACAUCUCCAACAUGGAUUAAUUAAGCUAAUCUCCCCUAAAAUCACCACAACUUUAUCAUUUAUUUGCAAACCUGUGUCUGACUCGACUUACACAGCAGUCACCCAACGUUCACCUUGCAGGGAAAAUGAUCCUUUCCUGUCCUAAAAGUUUCUCUAAGUACCUUUUAAUGACAUCAGACACGUUCACUUCACGUUUGUCACGUAAAAAGAAUCAAAUCAGCAUCAUUAUAGUGUUCCUACAAGUUAGCAUCCAGCUCAACACUAAGCCAGGUUGAUGCUAGCAUGUUUUCUCUCUCUUCUGAUGUGACUCGUUGAAAAGUCCGGCUUUCAAUUUGGUUCCAGUUAAUCGUGUGCAAAUGAAACUUAUUGGAAAAGGAUGUUUUCAGCUUUGUGACUUCAGCGCUCCGCAUUGAGAGACUGUAGCAACUAGCAAUUUGACCAGAAUCUUUAGUGUUGGACGUGCAGAAGACUGACCGGGGCAGAUCGAGGGGAAUAGACUUGACUUCCACUUCAGACGGACCAACCAGUGCAUCUGUACUUUGCUUUGUAGGCCUUUCAGCAGCUGCAUUCGAUUCUGCAUUUUGAAUUCGAUUCAAAUUUACUGCAAAAGCAGAAAAUCUUACCAAGUAUUUUUGGUCUAGUUUCUACUUCAAAUGUCUCACUACGCCUGAAAUAAGACAAAACUAACAAACUUUUCGGCAAGAUACAGGAGUUUAAGUCAAUAAUUCUUGAAAGUAGAUCAAAUUGCUUCUCCCACUGGCAGAUUAUUUCACUUAUAACAUUGGAAAAUGUCUUGUUAUAAGUGACACAAUCUGCCGGUGGAACAAGCAAUUUUCUAAAUCAGUAUUAAAUACUUAUUUACUUAAAACAAGCCCUUACAUCUGGCUGAAAAGUUACACAGUUGAAAUGACAUAAUACUAAGAUAUUUGCAGUACAAACUAGACCAAAAAUACUUGGUAACAUUUUGUUUUUGCAUUGUCAUCAACUAUUUAAAAAAAAACAAAAAACAUGAUGUGAUCUGUGGUAAAUACAAUAGCUUUUGUUUUUCUGCUCUGUGUUCAGAUUUUAGCAAACAAAAUCCUCAGAUGGUGUCAUUUCUGUCUGAACAACAAGGGUUUGUUAAAGGAGUUGCUGCUGUUUCAGCAUCAAAACGUCCUUGCAGUCCUUGUUUUUAUGCUGCAUUGAAUAACUAGAGCCACCAGACGUCCAAGUAGCAUUAAAAGCCUGAAUGCAGGUUGUUUAAAUGAUUCGCUAACAUCUAUAGCAGUUCUGCAGAGACACUGCAGUAAUAAUAAAUCUGCAGCAUUUUGUGCAGCCCUGGUUUUAAUGUGAUCUCACCCGUCACCAUCCGCUCGGACUUUAAGUCAUUCCACAUGAAUGUGCAAAUGUUUCAUUACGCUUUGUUGUUUUGAACUAGAUUGUAGGAAGGAGCAUUCCAAAAUGUUUCUGCAAUAUUGACUUUUUUUUUUUUUGCCCAACUUCCAAGUUUUACAUAUUUAAGACCAUAUUUACGUUUCGUUGUGGCUUCAUCCUUUCUUCCUGUUUGGAGCAGACGUGUGUCGUCUGCAAAGGCUUCAUGGGUAGUGGCUCAGAUCAACAACUUAUUGUUUAUUUAUUCUUUUCUUUUUUUGUGAAUUUAAAAAUUGUUCAACUGAAAGGUUUAGAAAAAAAAUAACUUGAAAAAAGAUUUAAAUUUACUUCUAUUGUAUAUUAUUUUUUUAAAUGCCAUAGUAGCAUCUUUAUUAAGCAUUAAGGUGGAGAAGAACUGAUUGAAAAAGCUUUGAACUUGUUCUCAGGUGUGUGAAUCCUCUAGUAUAAAUUGAGCCACUGGGAUCUGAAGAUUUCUAGGUGGCGCCAGAGCACAAACGUCACGCAUUUUAUUUUAUUUUAUUUUUUUUGUGAAGAAGAAAAGUCCCGGUUUCCAGUCUGUUUUACUGAACUCACGCCAUGGUUAGUAAAAUUAGAUUUAAUAUCAACCAGAAACUGACUGAGGAUGUUUUCUUGUGACCCCUGCUGGUCGUUGGGAAGAAUGCAGGUUUUACGUUUAAAUUUUGCAAAUCUGUGAGUCAGAUUUAAAACUGUUUUAGAGAUUUUAAAAGGUCAAAAUAUACUUUUUCCCACUGCAAAGUAAUAUAAAAGGACAAAGGUGUAAAAAGAGAAUGUUGGUACCAAGAAGGCAUUUAAAUGGGAAAAAUUACAACACAGUAGCUGCGUUUCCAUCGACCAUGUAAUUAAUUGGAAUACAAAAAAUACAUUUGCUAAAUGGAAGUACGCCAAUUUAAAAAAAACUGACGUUUUUCGGUCAAGAAUUUAUGGAUUCUCACCGUAUCAAAAUGAAUGUGUUCCUCAUAUUUGAAAUGGAGACCCUUUUUUCUCGUCACACUAGUCAUGUGAUCAGCAACCAGAUGUUACUACUGGCAGAAAAGACGAAGAAGACAAGAGGAAGCCGUCGGAGUACGAUGGAUGUUUUUUUUUUUUUUUUUAUCACGUGAACAAGCUUAUUCACGUGUGAUUUUAAUUGUGUUUCUUUAAUGGAAACACAGCAACAGCGAAAUUAGGUUUUUUUGAUAUUAGCAGAACACCAACAGUAUUUUGCGUAUACUUGUAACGGAAACGCAGCUACUGUUCUCAGCCUCUUUUAUCUGCCGUGUAAAAGUAUUUAGACCCGUAUGGAUUUUGUUCAGUUUCUUGUCAAAGCUGUCAUCAAUGAUGAUGUCGGACAAAGAAAACCAGAGGAUGCAAAAUUCAAUUUUCAUUUAUUAAAGAAAAACUGAUUUAUUUGUCAUUAGGCUUCUUUUUUUUAUGAAUUCUGCAGGAUAAAUACAUCAGUAAAUAAAAUUUGUAGGCUAAAUGUUCUGAAAUCCUUGGUAAAAAUACUUCCUGAUAUAAAAUUGUGUAAGUAGAGGGUGGCUGAAGUGUCCUUUUCUCUACACUGAAGUUUAAACUGGUUUUAGUGGGAGAAGGUGAAUUAUUGUGCCUCCUGUCAGUCGCAGAACUGGGCGAAUCGCUCCAUGUUUGUCUGGACUCUCCUCUCCCCCUCUUGUUGUCGUUUCACUCCACAUCUGAACUCUGAGAGCAGAACCAUCAGUGACUCGGUGUCGGUUCCGGUCUGCUGACGUCUCUCUGUGACUGUGUGUGUUGGUUUACCCAGUUAACUGGCCUUCGUCAAAUGGAACUUGCCUACUAAAAACUCGUCGCUUUAUUACCUGUAUAGAUACGAUUUUAUUUAUUGUCUUUUUAAUAUCUUCUGCAUUCAUUGUGCCGCCAUGUUUUCAUGCCUAAGCCAUUAAGAUUUUUAAUUAAACUGUAUUUUUCUUUAA